ACAGUGAAUACUUGCGAAAAUGAGUUACGCGCUACGGACGAGUAGGAAUAGCGCGGAAGAGUUCAACUUGGUCAACAGAGCUCAAUCCUGGCGACAAGGAGCCGUCCGUGUUGUCGUGUGAAGUAGAGAAGCGUUUGACGAUUUGGUCAUUCCGGCGCCGACACUGCUUUCUUUCUCCCGGCCGUUAUUUCUUUUCGCUUCUCCCUCUUGAGCGAGAAACACCGCUUUUCGUGCGGACGUUCUUCAUCCUUUUUUUUCCACUUCGUCUCUUACCUUCUCUGCGCCCAAGACGUCUCUCAGCUUCCCCGAAACCACACGUUUCCCCGACUCCUGUCUCUCGCGGGCUUUCUGUCCCUGCCGCAACGUUUUCCGUCCACGCGAUCUGCUUACUACGAAUUCUUUCCAUCGUGUGUGUACGCACUCCGCUAUUCCCGGUCACUCCACCGUUCCCUGUGUCCGUUUCCUCUUAGAUCUCAACUCCCUGGCAAUCUCCUUGCCACCGCUGUAACUGGCGUCAACUCCGCAUUCCACCACUCGUUCCAUGACCCGCUAUCUUCUUUCUGAAACUCUCUGUACAGCGCUCCUCUGCAUUCCCGUCCUUUUCCGGACCGUAAGGCGUCUUCAAGGACUCUGUCACACAUCGACGUCGAACUGUCCCCCUUCCGCCACUGUUCCAGACAUCCCACGAAGCUCUGCCGUUGCAGCUAAAGGCCGAGUUGUCGAUUCUGCGGGAACGCGACAGUGGCGUCCAGCAAACCGCAACACGGUGUGUGUACUCCCGAGCAGCAGUAGGGCAGAAGCAGUGCGUCGGCACUGUGUCGCACCGUUCUCGGCACUUGUUUCUGUUUGAUGUGGGGUCCAGUCCAUCGGGCGUCUCCCUGCGUCCUCGCCUACUCAUGUCCCUCCCCUUUCCGGUCCGUUCCACUAAAAUUGGCUCUUUUCGCUUGGCUGUUUUCUGUCGUGGAUGCUCCGUUCGACCCGUGAGCGGUUUGAGGAGACCAGCGAUUGUUCCGUGUUCUUGGCGUCAAGUUCCCAUUUCGAUUUCAGGUUUUCUUUCCCCCACGGCUCAUACGUCCUCCCCACAGCUCCAUUCGCUUACCCCACCACAGCGUUGCUUCGACACCGUUCCCUCGCUUGCACUUCAAGGUCAACGCAUCCGCGCGUCUCUGAGAAUGGCUCCGCCGCGCCCGACCGCGGAUGCAGGGGCACCGCCUGCGACAGUCGCGCCAGCAGCUCGAGGUCUGUCCGGCGGACCUUCCUACGCGGCGUCUCAGGAGCCUGAGUCGUCUCAGAACGUCGCCCGGUACUACGCCGAUGUGAAUCUGCACAAGCCGCGCGAGUACUGGGACUACGAGAACUUUGUGAUUCGGUGGGGGGUGCCUGACGGCUACGAAGUCGUGAGGAAGCUCGGUCGCGGCAAGUACAGCGAAGUCUUUGAAGGACUGCGUGUCGGACCGCCGUCGGCGACAGCCUUGGCUCUCGCUGGGGCCUCUCCGAGCGGCAGCGGGAACUCGGCGUCUGUUACGUCGCUCCCUUCUCUGAACAGCGUCGGAAGCAGCAACAGCUUCGUUUCAACCUCGUCGUGCUCGCAACCGGUUCGCGCGGCCUCCGCCAGCUCCGCGGGGACAACGGCCGGCGAAGCAGCUCGCCUUGGGUUCGAAGGCGAGAAGUGCGUGGUGAAGAUUUUGAAGCCUGUCAAGAAGAAGAAGAUCCGCAGAGAGGUGAAGAUUCUGCAGAACCUCUGUGGCGGCCCCAACAUCAUUCGCCUCCUCGACGUCGUCAAAGACCCGGCCAGCCGAACUCCAGCUCUGGUUUUUGAACACAUCAACAAUCAAGAUUUCAAGACUCUCUAUCCGACGCUCACCGACUACGACAUUCGUUACUACAUCUUCCAGAUUCUUAAGGCACUGGACUACUGCCACAGCCAAGGAAUCAUGCACCGAGAUGUGAAACCUCACAACGUUAUGAUCGACCAUUCGAAGCGCGAGCUGCGACUUAUCGACUGGGGUCUUGCGGAGUUCUAUCACCCAGGCCGCGAAUACAACGUUCGUGUGGCGUCGCGCUACUACAAGGGUCCUGAGCUGUUGGUGGAUCUCCAGGUGUACGACUACUCGCUCGACAUGUGGAGUUUGGGGUGCAUGCUGGCAGGCUUGGUUUUCCGGAAAGAGCCGUUUUUCUACGGCCAUGACAACUGCGACCAACUCGUUAAAAUCGCGAAGGUGCUCGGAACGGAUAGCUUGUUCGACUACUUGGAGAAGUACAACCUCGAGUUGGAGUCGCACUUUACUUCCCUGUUGGGGAAGCAUACGCGGAAGCCGUGGAGCCGCUUCGUGAACUCAGAAAACCAACACUUGGCUUGCGCAGACGCCAUCGACCUCAUCGACAAAAUGCUCAUCUACGAUCACUGCCAACGAAUUCUCCCCAAAGAGGCCAUGAACCAUCCCUACUUCCGACCCGUGCUGGAAGAAGAGCAACAGAAGGCAGCGAACCUUUCGGCGUCGAGCGUGAAAGCCUGAGACCUUUUUCAUGGAAUUUUUUUUAUGAUCGACCGGAGGGGACUUUUUG